AUGAACAUAAGCGAUUAUUUAAAGCCUCGAAAUAAAGAUUCCAUUUUGUACAAGUCUCAUUCGACUCCUAAUUUAUAAAAAUUAUGCUUUGAAUUCAAUAAUUUACUAAAUUGUAUUGUUAUAAUUUAUAAAGAGCAUUAAUAAUUUUAAGCCAAAUUUCAUUCAGAAGAAUAAUAGGAAAAGGCAGUUUUGAAUGAAAAAUGUAUUAAUUUUCUUGUUGAAACGUAAUUGAAUUUAUAAAGUUUAAAAAUUUAACUUCAGAUAUCCAUUGACAAGUCUUUAUAUUUUGUAAAUUAACAGAUCAAAUCUAUCUGUGAAAAAAACAUUAUUGAUAUCUAAACUUAAUAGAAUUUAGAAAGUAAAAAUAAAGAUUUCACCAAGAAAGAUUACUUAAAAAGUUAGGUUAAACAUUGCGAACAUGUUUAUGAAAGCCUUUUAAGUAAUAUAACCUGUUUAUUGAGAGAUUAAUUAAUUAACACAAUAAAAUAACACAUUUCUAAGAUAAGCUAUGAGUUUAAAAAUUUUUUAAGUUAAAUACUUAAUUUUUAAAGGGAACAAUAAUAUUCUGAUUAAAUCUUCACUUAUAAAUUAAUUGAAGAUUAUUCGAUUAAGUAAAAAGAAAUUUGCUGUGCGAUGGCUUUAAAUAAGGAUAAUUCUAUUAUUGUGGUUGGCUGCAAUUAAUAUAUAAAAGUAUUUGAAUUCAAUAAAGGAAAAAUGAAGUAAAUCUAACUUUUAAAGAAUAAACACACAAAUAAUAUUUGGACUUUAAAUUUUAUGAAAUAUUCAAAACAAUUUAUAUCUGGAAGUUAUGAUAACUCAAUUAUUUUAUGGUCAGCCAAUUAAAAUAAUUAAUAUUUUUAUAACUAGAAAUUAGAUCUUCAUGAAGGUAAUAUUUAUUGCUUAGUCUUGAAUAUUUAGGAAGAUUUAAUCAUAUCAGGGAGUGAUGAUAAGACAAUUAGAUUUUGGAAUAGAAAGAAUGAUAAAUGGUUCUGUUAAUAAGUAAUAACAGAUCACACUGAUAGUGUAUUUGGAUUAAGCUUAAAUGAAUAAUCAAAUAGACUAAUUUCAUGCAGUUAUGAUAAAUCAAUAUUAGUUAUGUAGCUAUCAUAAAACCAAAGUAGUUGA